UCAUGACAUUCAGGCUCGUUGUAUGUUCAACUGUACCACUAUACGACAACGUUUAGGGAUCAUAUUUUCUGUGGAAUAUCAAUUAAUUGAUUAAUUCCCAUGAUAGAAAAUCUGAGAGAACGAGUGGAGAAGUGUGAGUGACUCAGUGAGUCAGACAAACAAUAUCAGAACAAUGGAAUCGUCAAUAGGCGUACUGAUGCCAAUCCCGAUCUACGAAGGCCUUCAGAGAGAACUGAAGAAACGAUUCAAAGUCUACAACCUAUGGGAGGCCCCCAACAAGAGCCAGUUCAUCAACACCCACGCCUCUUCCAUCCGAGCCUACAUCGGCACCUCUGGCUUUGGAGCCGACGCCGAUUUCAUCAAUGCUUUGCCAAAUUUAGAAAUAAUCGCAAGUUUCAGCGCCGGAACGGAUUUGAUCGAUUUGGAGUUGUGUAAGGAGAAAGGGAUUCGGGUGAGCAAUACACCGGACGUUUUGACAGAUGACGUAGCGGAUAUCGGCGUGGGAUUGAUACUUGGUGUUUUGAGGCGGUUGUGUGAUGCUGAUCGGUACGUGAGGAGCGGCGGCUGGAAAAGUAUUGGGGAUUACAACCUCACCACUAAGCUCAGUGGAAAAACAGUAGGAAUCAUUGGGUUGGGGAGGAUUGGAGAAGCCAUAGCCAAAAGGGUGGAAGGAUUCAAUUGUCCCAUAAUAUACCACUCAAGAUCAGAAAAGGCAGGAGUGAAAUACAAGUAUUACCCAAAUGUGGUGGAGUUGGCUGCCAACUGCCAAAUCCUGGUGGUGGCAUGUUCACUAACGCCGGACAAUCACAACAUUGUGAACCGCCGAGUGAUCGAUGCUCUAGGGCCCAAUGGUGUUGUCAUCAACAUCGGGAGAGGCGCUCACGUCGACGAGGGCGAGCUGGUUUGUGCUCUGGUUGAGGGCCGAUUAGGUGGAGCAGGGCUUGAUGUGUACCAAAAUGAGCCUAAUGUUCCACCACAACUUUUGGAGCUUGAUAAUGUGUUGUUGUUGCAUCAUGUUGGAAGUAGCACCUUUGAGACUCGCAUCAGCAUGACUGAAUUGGUCAUCGCCAACUUAGAUGCUCACUUUUUUUAUAACAAACCACUCUUAACUCCAGUUGUUUAGAUUAGCACAUGAUUGAUUAUUUAUAGCUACUAGUUGUAUAAUCUUUUAACAAUGCUCAUUAAUGAUUGUAUGAUUUGAUAUUCAAAAUAUUAAAAUUAAAUAUUCCGUUUUCAGAAGUAAAAAA